AUGGUAACGGUUCUGGCGGCGGAUAUACAUUAUGCGAUUCAGGAAGAGAGCCCGCCCGGGACGCUGAUAGGGAACGUUCCAGAAGCGAUGAAUAUCGCGAACCUCGUCUCCCAGGCCAACCUGCCUUACCUCAGAUACAGCUUCCUCAGCGGCGACUCCUCUUUACAAAACUACUUCACCCUCGACGCCAAGACAGGGGAUCUCAAAUUAUCCUCCACGGGGUUGUUGGACCGCGAGGUGUUAUGCCAGUUCGACGCGACGUGUGUUAUCGAUCUCCAGGUAGCCGUUCAGUCUAUUCAGAGCCAGUUUUUCCGGAAGCUUCUGGUCAGCGUUGACGUCAUAGACAUCAACGACAACGCCCCGCAGUUUAAGGAGAACUACACGACCUUGACCGUGUCCGAGUUGGUCCAGGUCCCCUCGUCGUUUCCGUUGCCUUCGGCGCUGGAUAAAGACACAGGGGAGAAUAACUCGCUUCAAAGUUAUGAAAUCGUCCCACAAGAAGGCCCGUUUGAGUUGUCCUAUUCAAAAUCAAACCCGAAUCUCAUGUUAAGAGUCAUCAAAGAACUCGACCACGAAACUCAAGAUAAAUAUUCGAUAAAGAUAAUCGCCCGAGACGGGGGUGUCCCCCCUAGAGAGGGGAUCUUGUACGCCGACAUUUUUGUUGAAGACGUCAACGACAACGCCCCCGUCUUUACUUCCAGCUACGCCAAAGUCGUCGAUGAAAAAGUUAUCCCCGGGACGGUUCUACUGACCUUGACGGCGACGGAUAGAGAUUCCGGAAAAAAUGGUCAGGUACGCUACAGCCUUAGCAGCCGACAACCGGAGUCCAUCUUGUCCAUGUUUAAAAUCGAUGAGCGAACCGGUGAGCUGAGAGUGAUCGGGAAUUUCCAAAAGGUAAACACAGAAGUGUAUAAGAUUGAAGUGGAAGCCAGCGAUAUGGGAGACCCGCCUUUCACCACCAAGACAACGGUGAACAUCACAGUGGAGAACACCAUCAACAACCCUCCCAAGAUCGGCAUCAGCUACUUCUCCAGUAAUGAUUACUCGUCUAUUUCUGAAUACGCAAACUUGGGCGUGGCCGUGGCGCUUAUACAAGUCACCGAUACGGACCGCGGCCCUAAUGGGAUCGUCCAUUGUAAUUUGACAAACCGAGGAUAUUUCGAGCUGCAGAGUUACGACGUGAAGGAGUACAAGGUCAUCGUGGCUAAACCGUUGGACCGGGAAACCAUCAGCGUGCAUAACGUCACGGUGGAGUGCUACGAUGCCGGAACGCCGGUUCUGAGUACGUCCCGGACGUUUCAGGUUCGCGUGACGGACGAGAACGAUAACGCGCCGGUGUUUGUUGAAAAGUUAACCAACAUCAGCGUGAAAGAAAACAACGAAAUCGGCGCGCAGGUAGCGACGGUGCGAGCCGUCGAUCAAGACGAUCCUUCCACCGGAAACGGUCGCGUGACGUACAGUCUGGUCGGGGUCAGCGAAAACGAGCUCACCAUCGACCCGGUGACCGGCGUCAUCAGAGCCAUGACGUCAUUCGACUACGAGAAAAAACAGGUGGUCAAUUUCACGGUAGUGGCCGAGGACAGCGGGAUCCCGAAACGGUCGUCGACUAUGGUCGUCUGUCUGAAAAUCUUGGACGAGAAUGACCAGGUGCCGUAUUUCGUGCAAAGCCGGUUUUCUAUGCGCGUCUCCGAGUCAGCCAAGCCAGGAGAGCGCAUUGGGGAAUUGACGGCUUGUGAUUUCGAAGAAGGAGACAAUGGCAGAUUUGACAUCACGCUUCAGCCGGGGUCCGGACGAAUCAAGACGGUUCGCGCCGGAACCGGGAAAACUGGCAACAAGGAGGAGGAUUUUAAUUACGAAGGCAUCGACGACCGGUAUCUGCCUUUUGUGAUCCGGCCAAACGGAAGUCUGAUUCUCAGGGAGCUAAUCGACUACGAGGCGAUAAGCUCGUACGAGUUCGAGGUCAAGGUCACGGACAGAGGCGUGCCGCCGCUGAGCGAGACGGCCACGGUUGUCGUCGACGUGACGGAUGAAAACGACAACCCGCCAACCGUCCUGCACCCCAACGUGUCCGAGGUUGUCCUGACGGCGCUGACGGGUUCCGACGCCCCGGAGACCUUGAUGACGUUCGAGGUGGUUGACCGGGACAGCGGGCUGAACGGGUUGGUCAAGUUCGACAUCACGGCCCGCAACGACAGCAGCAGGUUCAGGAUCGACAGCAGCACUGGCGACGUCAGGAGGACUAAAGUCUUCACCGGCCAAGACUCAGGCACCUACAAACUGACCAUCAUCGUCUACGACGAGGGGAACCCGCCCCUCUCCGACAUGCGGACAGUGGUCAUCCACAUUGUCGGCGGCAACGGCACCGCCAACCUGCCCCGCACCGGCAGUGACCAGUACAUCGUCAUCGCCGUGACCCUCGUCUGCAUCACCAUCCUCCUCAGCGUCACCAUCGUUCUUGUCAUCGUCAUCAUGCGUCGGAUCGACCGGCGCCGGAAGUCUGCCGGACACGGUGGGCCGGGCGGUCCGAUGCAGUUCCAGAACGCCCGGGUGUGCACCGGGUUCAGCGACCCCAUCAAGUUGGAUAACUUCGGGCACGAGGGCGGCGGCGACUACAGGGACGAGGAUGCUGGGAGCUUGGACAAGAAGGACAUGAACGAUUCGCGGUUCGGGUUUUCUUCCUCUAACGGCAGCUUGACCAAGGGCAACCCAGGGGGAGAUCACCAUCAAGUCAUGGAUGGACAAUUUCAA